AACAGGUUAGAUAAAGAUAGCAAAGGGGAUUCCCACACAUAUCUUCAUGGUGGAAUAACAUGUACAGAAACUGCAAUAAUUUCCAGUGAUAAACACAUCACCAAUAAUAUAUAUGUGAAAUCAUGGACAGAGAAGAUCGUAGACGAUUCUUUGUCAUUGGGUCUGUGUUUCUAGAAGUUGUUACUCCUGUGUUUAGACGUCAACUAGAGAACAACUAUAGAAAAGCUGGAUUUAGUUGUCUGCAAGAUUUCUUAAACAACCAACCAGUAGUUCACACCUUAUUCCAUUUAAAUCACAGAUAUACAUGGUAUUGCUGUGUUGAUAGCCCAAACUGUAUUGCCAGACAACAACUUCCACUGUACAACUACCAAUGGAAACUGUUGUAUACAGAAAAUCCUGGACCAGGUAAUCACCACUGUCACUGUAAAUAUACAGCUAAACCUGUUCAUCUUGAUGAACUUGAUAUCACCUUGAUGGGACUUAUCCUUGUCAACUGCUUCACCCUAGGACCAGCUGAAGAGCAGGCAGUCAGGUCUCUCAGGCAAUACAAGAAUGAUUAUCUUAGCCAUAACACAAAUUGUGGCAUAACGGAGCCAAAGUACAAUUCACUGUGGCCAGAUCUUACAUAUCAUGUCCUUCAGCUUGACCCCACCAGACAGAGUGACCUUGAAGAUAUGAAGAACAGACCUCUUGAUGAACAACUUUGUAAACAAUACUACAUACAUCUUUUAGAUGCCAACAAAAGAUUUGAAGAGAUUGGCGAUUCACUUCAAGAGAUGAAUACUUCUGUACAAGGGAUAAGCACAAGUGUACAUGGGAUAAAUACAUCUUUACAAGGAAUAGGGUGGAAUCUUCAUGGCCUAGAAAGAUCAGUACAAGGAGGAAACACGACCCUACAAGGCCUAGAGAGAUCAGUUCAAGGAGGAAACACGACCCUACAGGAAAUGAACUCAUCUAUCCAGACAAUAAAUACAGCUGUGCAGGGAAUACCUGUGAUGAAUGAUGCAAUACAGAAACUUGUCUACUAUGCUGAAAAAGGAGUCACUGGUACAUGUAUAAGACAAAAUCCUAAUAUUCAAAGUAAAAGACAAGAAAGAAAAUCCUACAAACUAGGACAAGAUAUCUUCUACCAACAUCUCCAAUUCACUGUACAACAUGUACACUGUACAAAGAGGUUUUGCAUUGGUAACAAAGCUGUGAAAACAGAUGCUGGACAAGUGGCCUAUAUACAUUGGGAUAAUUUAUCAAUAGAUAUUUAUAAUACAGAUGGUUCACAUGUUGAUACAAUACCACUACAGGGUCAGCCAUGGGAUAUUACUGUAGUCAACAACUCUACAGUAGCUGUUACACUGCCUGCCUGUAACAGUAUAGACAUAUGGAACAUACACAAUAAACAGAAAGUGAAAUCAAUACAAUUAUCUAUACCAUGCUGCUUUGGCAUCACAACUACAAACAGCAAGUUAGUAGUAGGCUGUUGGGGAAUAUUGUUGAUCAUAGAUCCUCAGACAGAGAAGGUGGAGAAGACCAUUGAUACUGGUUAUUAUCUUCCUAACAGACUGUGUGGUUCUGAUGAUGGUAUAUUUUACACAGAAGGUAAUUAUUACCUGUACCAUUACAGUCACUCUAACAACAAGAUUUCCAAAGUAAAGUUACCAUCACAGCCCUGUGAUAUGACCAUUCUACAAGAUGGCAGUGUGUAUGUGUUAUGUGAGGAUAGAUCAGUACAACAUGUGUCAUCUGAUGGAAAGAAGUAUACACAAGUUACUACAAAAGGACUAACAUCACUGGAAUACCCAUCUAAAAUAAGUUAUAAUCCAGUACAAAGGAAACUGGUCAUUUCAGCUUUGAACUCAAUUACAGUAUUUCAACAAUACUAAGAAAUACAAUAUGUACAUGUAUAUGCACUCAAAUUCAAUUUAUUUCAAAAACACAUUGUACAUGUGGGAAGAUCUUGAACAUGAUCCAGUAAGAGUUGUCUUUCAUUUCAGGCGUUUAUGUGAUUAUUAAUACAUUAAAUGUGGAUUCUUUACAGAAUAAAUCGUAUUAAAUGAA